UAAUCAUUUUCGAAAAGAUAUUUUUUUCCGGAUUUAUACACAAGUUAUACGCAAAAUAUUUCCCAGAAAGCAUCAUCAAACAAAGAUGGAGGACCUUGCGGUGGAAGUAUGCUGGCAUAACGGGGCCUUUUUAAAGGCUUUUAUCAAGAAUAUUCAUGAUGAUGAGGUUACUGUUACGUUUGAAGACAGUACAUUGCCCGAGAAAAGAGUUAAAUUCUCUGAAGUCCGGUUACCUCCAAAGGAAAUGCCCCCCAAGUUGGAUUACAAAGUUGAUGAUAAUGUUGAGGCACUUAGUAGAUCAGCGGCUGAUGACAUGAUAGGUUGGUGGCCGUCCAAAAUAAAAAUGUUGAAAGGUGAUUUUGUUGUAGUUGAAUAUUCAGGUUUUGAGUCUUCAAACACAGACAUUCUUCCUUUGGAAAGGAUUCGGCCUUUAAAUGAAAAUCCCUGUAUUUCAAAAGAUAGUUUUCGGAAAGCGAUUCUUGACGUGCCGUCUGAUUUAAGAGAAGUUUGCAGAGAAGAAAGUACAUUAGCAGAGUUCAAGAAGCACUGUGGUGCAGCUGUUGUUAUAUAUAAUUCAGAUGAUAAUGCAUUAGUUGUUGUGUCCACUAAUUUCUCUGUGAUAAAGAAAGCUUCAUUGAUGGGAGAUAUGUUUCUGAGGAACUUACGCCAGAAAGUUUUAUUAAAACAAAGAACUGAGGAAGCUGUUAAAAAAUUACAGAGUGCUAAAAUUCGGUCUGGUUACAUGGAAGAAUUUUCUGUUCGAGAAGAUUUGAUGGGCUUAUCUAUAGGUACUCAUGGCAGUAACAUUCAACAAGCUAGAAAAGUACAAGGUAUUACAGGAAUUGAUUUAGAUGAAGAAUCCUGCACAUUUAAGGUUUAUGGUGAGACUGAAGAUGCUGUCCGAGAAGCUAGAAAUAUGCUUGAAUACGCUGAAGAAACUUUUCAAGUUCCACGCGAUUUAGUUGCUAAGGUUAUUGGUAAAAAUGGCAGAAAUAUUCAAGAUAUUGUUGAUAAAUCUGGUGUUGUUAGAGUUAAAAUUGAAGGUGAUAAUGAACACGAGGCUCCUAGAGAAGAGCUCCUAGGAAUGCAUAGCCUGGAUGUUGCUAGCGUCCCUCUGUCCGCACCUAACGAUAUGAGUCAGGGUCAGGUGCCUUUCAUUUUUGUAGGAACUGUAGAAAGCAUAAGCAAUGCAAAGCUUCUAUUAGAAUUUCAUUUAUCGCAUUUAAGGGAAGUGGAACAGUUACGGCAAGAAAAAUUAGAAAUUGAUCAACAGCUGAAGAAUUUAUCAGGUCCCCAACAGAGCCCCUACUAUCCACCAUCAAGGGAAAGAAGGGGCAGUAAUGACCCAUAUAAUGAUGAAAGAAGGGGCCGUGGACCACCAAUGCGUGGAGUCAGGGGCAUGAGCCGAGUAGGUAGACGCUGGGCAAAUGAACGACAUAGUGGAAAUAAUCAAGGUGAUGACCCAUUAUCUCCUCGUCCUAUUUCCGACUGGUCAGCAGAGGUAGUGGAAGAAGAACGUCGGCAAGCUGGGUAUUUAACAGAUAGCGUAUUAAGUGGUCGAGGACGUGGCUUCAAACGAGGAAGGGGUCGAGGGCGUGGAGGAAACAGUAAUUCUGCAAGGGAUUCAGGCUGGUUAUCUCACGACCCACAUCAAGGUGCCUAUGAUGAUGAUGAUAUCCAAGAUCAAAGAUCACGUCGUCGAACAACAGACGACGAAGACACAGUACUGGAUAAUGCAAGUGUAAACAGCCAAGAUCAAGAUCGUAGACGGGAUAAAAGAAGAAGGCGCAGAAGAAGAUUGCGUGGUAAUGGUAGUGCAGCUUCUGGUACUGAGACAGACACAAGUGUAUCUAAUUACAGGGGCCGCUACUCGGCACCACCAUCGCGGGCCGGUUCUAUGAUGAGGAGCCCAAGUUACAAUAACAACAUGCAUAAGCCAGAAGAUUUCUCUGUGUCUGUUACGUCUGUCCAUAAUAACCACCAUUCUCAAUCUCCCCCACCUCACUCCUCACAAAUGCAUCUGCAGCUGGGAGGCAACCGGCCUACUUAUAACAACAACAAUAGUAUGGUGGCAAAUGAAAAAGAAAUUAUUGUGAAAACAGAAAAUGAUUCUACACCCAAGCAACAACGAGAUGCUCGCAAACAAACCCGUCAGCAACUCAGUGGCAGUGAAUCCGACAGUAAAAAUAUAAAGAGCAAGUCGAGCAACUCUGCAACUUCUCCUACUGCUACUACUACUCAUUUCUGCAAAUCAAAGGAACAGCUUGUUAAUGGAGAACAAUGAGUAGGAUUGCAGGUUUAGAAUUCCCCUCCCUUUCCCUGACUUGUUGAAAGAAUCGACUGAAGUCAGGUUUGCAGGCAAGGCAGACAUUGAAAUCAGUAACCACUGAUCAACGCUUAUUGAAUGGACUACACAGCUGGAAAAAUGCUGUUGCUGCUCCAAAACAUGAUUAAUUACAUGAAAAAAUGUUUUUAGAGAAAAAAAAAAACAUGAGUAAAUUUUUUAAAAGUUUCUUUAAAAAAAAAAAUGUAUUCCUGUGUGUUUAGGAUGACUUACUACCCUGAAUUGCCUAGACAUUAGUCUAUUUUGUUUUCAAUUCUGGACUGAGCUCAAUCUAUGCAUAUAAUGUCGAGCAAUUAGUUUGCUUUGACUGUUGCAUUGUCUCAGAGUGCAUGGUAUAUUUGGCCUAGACAGUUUGGGGGGAAAGUUGGCAUGCACUGUGAAGGUAACAAUGUUGUUAAAUAUUCUGGUACAAUUAAGUUCUGCUAAAAGGUACAAUGUUGGUAGCAGGGUCUACAAUAGAGAUAUUGAAGCUGCUGGUAGCAGAAUGUAUUCCUUCAAUCCGUGUUGGCCUAAUUGAGUAAAAUUUUUUCAUGGUAAGAUGAUUAACAGCAACCUUUCUACUACCAAUGCUGCCACCUAACCUCAUUUGGUUUGAUUGCUUUUAUUUUCAUUUCAAUUUACUUGCAGUCUGUAAUCCGUUAAUUUUGGUUGGUUUUUUUUUUUUUUUUUAGACUUAUCAUUUUGGCAUCUUAUUUAUUUCAUUUCAUUUCACUACAGGUAUUUGAACAUCUAUUUAAGCUCUAAUGUUAAUGCAGUUGUUAAUACUGCACACAGUAGUAAGUUUAGGGCGGAGGACUGCUAUAGAUGAGAAAAUAUCGUCAAUCUUAAAUUGAAAGCUAAGUGUAAUUGUCUUCCCAUUAAUAGUUUUACUUGAAAGUACAUUAAUUAAAUUAGUAGUGCUAUAACUUCUAAUUUCCAUGUAGUAUUCAUUUGUUACCGAUGAAAUGGUUUAAAUAAGCAAAGUUGCAAUGUAGCUAAAAGGAGCUUCACAUACUGAACUCCACAAGUGUUACAAUUUCUCUCAACUGAUUUUAUCUACGGUUUAUUUCUAUAAUAUAUGGAAUAAUAUGACCACAUAAAAUUGAAAAUUCUCCAAAAUCAA